AGGAGUACAGCAGCCUAGAGAACCUUUUGCUUUUUAUUGCUUUCUCAUUCUCUCUCUUUCAUAAGAGGAUUCUGAUUCCCUCUGUUCAUCUUUUCUGGAGAUCGUGCUCUCUUCUGCUUACAUCUCUAUCUCUCUGCGCGUGGAGCGAAGCAGCAAUGGAGGGCGAGAACGAGAAGGCUGUGCUACAGUCGUGCUGUUAAUGGCUCAGCAUAGCAAUGACAACAACAGUGCAAGCCAACAAUUAGUGAAGCCAGUCUUCCAUGAUUUUCUGGGCUCGAAGCCCAAUGAUUCCCACUUCGUUCUGGAACCCAAAACCGCCAACGUGAGGCUGUCCGAGGCGUCGCCGUCCUCGGCAUCGAUGUCCAUUGCCGCCUCAUCUAGCGGUGGCCGUGGUCCCUUCUCAACCACAUCUGACAUCGGUUCUGAAAGAAAGGUAGGAAAUCAUCUCGAGGGAGUUCCAUUUUAUGGACCUAGGAGUGAUUUUUCUGACACUGGGCUAAGCAACAGGCUAAUAGGAAACAAGAGAAGUAGUUCUGAUUCUGCUUUCAUGGGAUCUUCCAGAGAUGCCUUCCAAAUGGUCCCUGACUCUAUUCAAAACUCACAUUUGAUGAAAAUGUUCCGGAGUACAGCUGGAGGAGAGCAUCAUAGAAGAUCUAACGACGAUGAAGUUUUUCUUGGUACGCAGUCACAGAAGCCAACUUCAGCUUCUCAGAUAUUUCAGCCUCUUACUGGAACCAAGCUUGAUGCCAAUAGAUGGGAACGGUCUGUUAUUAUGAAUGUUGGCCCUUCAAUGCAUCAUCCGCCACAUGGGGCUCCAUUAACACCUGUUGUGCACCAGAUAGCUUCAAACAAGGUCAGGGAUGCUAACAUUGGUCCUUCAUUUAUCUCUCAGUCAGCUGCUGAUGAAGGAUCUAGAACUGGAAUGAAGGGCCCUGGAAUUUUGAGCUCUAUAAACAUCACAACUGCUGCCACUGAGAAAACUCCAUCUGCAAUGGUGCUGGGUGGAGGCAGGCCAAAGCGUGUGAUGAAUAUAAUAGACUUAGAAUCAUCCACACCUACAAGCCAAAAUGAGUUGAGAUCUGCCAGUUGCCAGAUGACCAUAUUCUAUGGAGGUCGAGCUCAUGUGUUCGAUAAUGUCCACCCUAACAAGGCAGAUGUGAUAAUGAGCUUAGCAGGGUCAAAUGGAGGGAGUUGGUCCACAAGUACUUGCUCGCCCAAGCCUCCUUUGAAGCUGCUUCAUGAUACUUCACACACUGAAACUGGGAAGCUUCAUGCCAUUCCCUCUGCUGAUCGCAUCACUACACCACCAUCAGGCAGACCUCAAGGAAGUGUUGCUACUAGGGAAGAUGCUAGAAACCCAGUCGAAGUAGCCGAGCUAGAUCCAACUUCUCAAGAGAAGAAGACAGCCCAAUGAUUGAUGGAUUGGUUAUUGAUUGACUUUGGAUCUUUCUGAUUAAAAACGAGUUUAUUCUCCCAUUUUUAUAAUUUAUUCCUGCCAUGAGCUUUCUUCUCAUCCUCGUGAUGUCACGUGUCCAAACAAGUCCAUCAGAAAUAUCAAAUGAAUGCGUGAAGUGCCCUAGGAUUGAUGGGUUGGCUUUGGAGCUUUUCACAAAAUCAAAA